UUUCGUUGAUAAGGUAUAAAAGUAAAUAAUCGAUUCACUCUGUAUUGUUUAUUCGAAAAAAUAAGAUAAAAGAUUAAAUUAUUUGAAAUUACAAAAUGUUCAAGAAAUUGUCUAAAAUGAGAACGCCAACCACUAAGGCUCGAGUUAUCAAAGUUUUGAGCCGUAUUGGGGCAAGUGGACGACUCACUGAAUGCCGUCUGCAGCUGUUGGAGCCUCCGCGGCAUCAAAUAAUGCGCGCUGUGAAAGGACCCGUUCGUACAGGACAAAUCAUUGAGAUUGAUGAAUUGGAAACAUUUAAUCCAUAAGAAUCGAAUCGGAAGAAAGUUAUAUUUUUGUCAUUUAAUUGUCUUGUCGGUUAAACCCCAAAAAAAAUAUAUAUACAUAU